UGCACAGUGCGAAGAUCUGCUGCGCCUAUGUCGGGCCGUAGAUCGCCGAGCUUGGUAAGGGAGCCUACGCAGAAGCCCCCGCCAGCGGGGAGGGCUGUGCAUUUUCGUCCAUAUCCCGAGGGGCUGACAUUUAUGCUGAGUUCAGAGUCCCAGCCCGGUGAUGUGAUGGACUCUAAUCCUCAGUCGCUGUGCUCCCCAUUUCCCUGUACUGCUGCUAAUGGCCGGAGAGGACCCAAACAACUAGCAAGCAGUCCGGAGAUAGGGGAUGCCCGUCCAAAGCCACCCGUGAAACCCAAGCCCUGUGUGUUGCCAAAGCCAGCCAUGCCAGUGAAGCCUGUUCCUGGACAGCGUCAGGCUCUCUCUGAAGUGCCCUCUGCUGAAAAGAUCAACUUGUUGGCUGGGCCCAAGCCAUAUAGUGGGGCUGGCAAUGCUGUUAAGCGUCUUUCUUUUGGUCUAAAGACCUCUCCAAGAGAAGCUACCAAUGGGAAGGAGGUUUUGUAUCCAUUUUCCACCACAGCCAAACCAGCUGGAGAUGGAGAAGGAACUGGGCCUGCAAAUAAAUCAAGUGCUGUGGAGGGAGCAUCCGGAGAGGAGUGUGGAGAGUCCUCCAGUGUCCGCAAGGGUGCUGUUCCCUUCAAAGUAAUACCGGUGCCAGUAGCAGCCAAACCAGAGCGUUUUCCUGGGACCACAGUGGAGGAGAUUUUGGCCAAGAUGGAGAAGCCCAACAAAGAAGGGGCAAGCAGCCCUGAUAGGCCUCGGCUGGUACGCUCCUUCUUCAGCCAGGAUGGUACCACAGCUGUCCACCUGGGGCCUAAGGGUUAUGCUGCAUUCCGGAGAUGUUCCAGUGGAGAAGGGGGUGAAACAGAGUCGGAGGGUCCUGCUUGCAGAGCCUCUUGUGAAGUUGAGGACAGCAUAUUGUCAAGGAACAAGGAGGAAAUCACAAGCUCAAAUGGUCAGCAUCUGCCUGAAUCUGAGCUACCAGCAAGAGCAACGGAGAGAAACUUAGACUUACUCUCUAAGGACAGCAGCUCCAGUCAACCUAGCAUGAGCUGUGAUGGAGGCCAACCUGGAUAUAGCAGUCUACUGUCUCCUCCUGGCGUCUCUCUCCCCAAGACCUAUCAACUCCUCACGAAGCUUUCUUCUCGAGUCACUCCUGGGUCCCCUGAUGCCCCUGCUGAAUCAGCCCAGUCCCCAGAGAGCCCACAUUUUCCAGCAGAUGUCCCAAGUGCUAAAGCUCAGCUUCCCCCAGGCUCUCCUGAUGCACCUACUGAACCCCUCAGAUCUCCUGUUAAGGUCUCCCUUGGUCAUGCCCAGGCUCCAGGUUCCCCUCUUGCCCUAUCUGAUCCCUGCCCCCCAGGAUCCCCCAGUGGUUUCCUAGGACACUCCUUGUCUUCAGGUCUUGGGGACCUUUCUGCAAGAUGUGCUGGGCCAUCUGCCAGUUUGACUCAUCCUGCUGCUGAGCACAGUCUGGCACCACCCUGUGGUCUCCGAGGAGUGUCGGAGUCCCCUGGCUCCCCGAGCACUCCUUCUGAGUACCUUGCUAGUUCUGAUAAACCUCCUGGCUCUCCCUCUCAUGCACAGGCCUCCCCCUUACUCUCCAGGGUUAAGGAUUCCCUCGACAAUCAAGCACCAACAUUACCAUUUGAGGGUAAAGACCCCCAAUUAUCUCAACUGGUUCUGCGGCGUGCCUCAGAAGGGGUGUUGCAGCCACGGGGUAAAAAAAUGGACAAGGAGGAGCUGGGAGGGUCUUUGGCUGUCUUGCCAAGAGGAGGGGACCCAGCUUUAGAGCAGGCUGCAGGAGGAGAGUCCAACUGGAGCUUGUCACAGUCCUUUGAAUGGUCGUUCCCUAACCGGGCUCUUGAGUUUGGUGGAAGGAGACUGGGGUCUCCUCCAAGGUCUCCCAUUGCGGAGGCUGAUGAUACUGGUCUCUUGGAGGCAGAAUUGGAUAGAGAGAGCCUCAGCCCCAAAGGGUCUUAUAAGGAAAGAGGUUCAGAGGGCCAGAGAGGAGAGGAGACUGAGGCUUAUGGGAGCUUGUUCUGCCACAGCAAUUCCAGGAGUUCCCCAGGGAUCAGGAGAAAGGCUGAGGACCAGCUGGAGUCCCCUUCAGCCCUUGAGAUAUCAGCACCUGGAGGUCCCUCAACUCUGAGGGAGCCUAUUAGCCCCAAGCUCAAGGGCCCUAUAGCAGCAGCAGAGGUUGGUUGUCAAGAGGAGCGUGAUGGUUUCUUAUCCUUUGUCCCAACCCCUGAGGAAGGGGCUUUAAGGGCAAUGGAGCCAUUGCCAAGUGUAGAGCAGGCUGCCCCUCCUGCAGAGCCUUGCAUCUUAUUCUCUGAAGAUGUCCAGGUGCAGACAGCUGCUUCCUGCCAAGAAGAUGAUGGUGCUGUAGGUCUGGCACGUGAAGGCAAGUUGGGGGUUGCUGACCCCGAAAGGAGGGCUGACCCUGAUCCAGGCUCACACUGGCUUGAUGAACUGCUGGCAUCUCCUCCGCCUAGUGCUGAUGACAUAAAGAAGAGAAGUACGCCCAAGUCAGAAGACCCUACAGGACCAGAGGAUCUUCUGGGAUGGUCAAGGAAGGAUCUUCACAGCGAGUUUGGCUUUGUAGAAGUUGAUCGGUCUGCUACCUUUGGCAUGGGUUGGGCUGCUGGUGUUGGCAAGGUAGUUUGGCCCGGUGAGACAGAGCAGGAUCGAGAAUUUGGCACUGGCCCACAGGAGUGGCUGAGCUCAUACAGUGAUGCCAAAAGGCAGGAUAUGGAAUUUGGUUCCAGCCAGAAAGUCUGGACCAGAGGAACACCAUUGCAGGACAGUUCUAAUCCAGGGCAAGAAGAUUGGAUCACUGCCUAUGGCAGCAGCUGUGGUGACCAGAAGAUUGAGGAGCCAGAUUGGAGCAGCACAUAUAGCAUCAGCACUGCUGAGUGUCAGGACCGAGAGCCAUACGUGAGAAAACCAGGCUGGCCCAGACUCUGCAGUAAUGAAGAUGAUCCGGAGAGCAGCAGGUCUGCUGCUGAGAAAAUGGGUUGGAGCAGCCCCUAUCACGUUGGUGCUACUGAAAGAACUGACUGGCCCAAUAAAUACAGUGAAGAAAAGGAUAGCUGUCCAGAAUUGGAGGUUAACACAAAAUCAUCAGAUGCGUUUAGCAAAUACGGUACUCACAGCCACCAGGAUGCAGAGCUCAGUGCCAGGCAUUUAGAAGGGCCCAGUGAUCACAGUGCUGUCAAUGUUGGCUCUCAGGAUGCCACAUCCAGUGCCAGCCAGUCAGGCUGGCCUAGUGAUUCCAAUGUUGACAGCAGGGCUAGCCCAGUGCAGUCAGAGUCCCAUGCCAACCAGGUGGAGCAACCUAGUGAAUAUAGUGCCAAUCAUCCAGAAUCCCAGGUUAGCAUCCAACAGCGACUACGACCCAAUACAUAUGGCUUUGAUGAUGGCAGCUGUCAGGAGUCUGAACUGAGUGUCAAACAGUCUGAUUGGCCAAGCAGAUAUGUCAUGGGUAUUCCCCAAAGCCAUGAUGGUGUGCUCAGUGCUGAAAAACCAGAUGGAGCCAGUGAAUAUGAUGAUAAUCAAACACGCUGGGAAAGAGAACUCAGUAUUGCAAGCAGAAGCAGCACCACUGAAUUUGAGGCUGGUGAUCUGGAGUACUGUGCCCGGAAGCCAGUCUGGGCUGAUGAUUACAACCUUAGGGAAUCUGAUCUACAAGAUAGUGAUUUCCCCAUUGCCACAAGAGAAUGGGUCAGAGACACUGAUGUCUCGGCAACUAAACAAAAUAACCAGUUAGGUGCUAUAGGGAAGGACCGAGCUGGUAGUUUUGGUCCAAUAGAGUUACCAAGUCUAAGUGUGACCGUGGAUUUGGAGGAGACAGCUGGCAGCCUGGUAGGUCACUCUAGAGACUUAGUAGCAGUUGCUAUGGAUGAGCCUAGAGGAGUUGGAGAGGGGCAGCCUGAGUGGACUCAAGAUCUUGGCCUUAGAGGCAUGGAUCUCUCAAAAGACUUGAAAGUUGGGAGCCCAGAUGCAUCUGAAAAAACCACAGAGAAGCAGCUUCAUUGGUUUCCUUCCUUGGGUCUGGAAACCUUGUCUGCUUCAUCAGAUGUAAGGACUGUGAAUCCAGAGGAGACCAGAGAACCUGGUGUGGGACAAGCAGAUUUGGCCUACAGAUCUGGCACUGAAAGCAUGGAAGUGUCUGAUUUGAGGCCCAAGGCUUUGGAUGGGGCUGAGGAAGUAGAUCUAAUACAGAUGGACUGGACUGGCGCAACUGGGAUAAAGCAUAAGGACAGCAGCUAUCAGUUUGGAGCGACACCUUUGGAUGGUGAUGAGAUGGAGCAUCCAAGAGCAGCUGGAGUCUCUGGAGAAAGGUCUCUCUCCCCAAGACCUAUCAACUCCUCACGAAGCUUUCUUCUCGAGUCACUCCUGGGCUCCCCUGAUGCCCCUGCUGAAUCAGCCCAGUCCCCAGAGAGCCCACAUUUUCCAGCAGAUGUCCCAAGUGCUAAAGCUCAGCUUCCCCCAGGCUCUCCUGACGCACCUACUGAACCCCUCAGAUCUCCUGUUAAGGUCUCCCUUGGUCAUGCCCAGGCUCCAGGUUCCCCUCUUGCCCUAUCUGAUCCCUGCCCCCCAGGAUCCCCCAGUGGUUUCCUAGGACACUCCUUGUCUUCAGGUCUUGGGGACCUUUCUGCAAGAUGUGCUGGGCCAUCUGCCAGUUUGACUCAUCCUGCUGCUGAGCACAGUCUGGCACCCUGUGGUCUCCGAGGAGUGUCGGAGUCCCCUGGCUCCCCGAGCACUCCUUCUGAGUACCUUGCUAGUUCUGAUAAACCUCCUGGCUCUCCCUCUCAUGCACAGGCCUCCCCCUUACUCUCCAGGGUUAAGGAUUCCCUCGACAAUCAAGCACCAAACAUUACCAUUUGAGGGGUAAAGACCCCCAAUUAUCUCAACUGGUUCUGCGGCGUGCCCUCAGAAGGGGUGUUGCAGCCACGGGGUAAAAAAAUGGACAAGGAGGAGCUGGGAGGGUCUUUGGCUGUCUUGCCAAGAGGAGGGGACCCAGCUUUAGAGCAGGCUGCAGGAGGAGAGUCCAACUGGAGCUUGUCACAGUCCUUUGAAUGGUCGUUCCCUAACCGGGCUCUUGAGUUUGGUGGAAGGAGACUGGGGUCUCCUCCAAGGUCUCCCAUUGCGGAGGCUGAUGAUACUGGUCUCUUGGAGGCAGAAUUGGAUAGAGAGAGCCUCAGCCCCAAAGGGUCUUAUAAGGAAAGAGGUUCAGAGGGCCAGAGAGGAGAGGAGACUGAGGCUUAUGGGAGCUUGUUCUGCCACAGCAAUUCCAGGAGUUCCCCAGGGAUCAGGAGAAAGGCUGAGGACCAGCUGGAGUCCCCUUCAGCCCUUGAGAUAUCAGCACCUGGAGGUCCCUCAACUCUGAGGGAGCCUAUUAGCCCCAAGCUCAAGGGCCCUAUAGCAGCAGCAGAGGUUGGUUGUCAAGAGGAGCGUGAUGGUUUCUUAUCCUUUGUCCCAACCCCUGAGGAAGGGGCUUUAAGGGCAAUGGAGCCAUUGCCAAGUGUAGAGCGCUGCCCUCCUGCAGAGCCUUGCAUCUUAUUCUCUGAAGAUGUCCAGGUGCAGACAGCUGCUUCCUGCCAAGAAGAUGAUGGUGCUGUAGGUCUGGCACGUGAAGGCAAGUUGGGGGUUGCUGACCCCGAAAGGAGGGCUGACCCUGAUCCAGGCUCACACUGGCUUGAUGAACUGCUGGCAUCUCCUCCGCCUAGUGCUGAUGACAUAAAGAAGAGAAGUACGCCCAAGUCAGAAGACCCUACAGGACCAGAGGAUCUUCUGGGAUGGUCAAGGAAGGAUCUUCACAGCGAGUUUGGCUUUGUAGAAGUUGAUCGGUCUGCUACCUUUGGCAUGGGUUGGGCUGCUGGUGUUGGCAAGGUAGUUUGGCCCGGUGAGACAGAGCAGGAUCGAGAAUUUGGCACUGGCCCACAGGAGUGGCUGAGCUCAUACAGUGAUGCCAAAAGGCAGGAUAUGGAAUUUGGUUCCAGCCAGAAAGUCUGGACCAGAGGAACACCAUUGCAGGACAGUUCUAAUCCAGGGCAAGAAGAUUGGAUCACUGCCUAUGGCAGCAGCUGUGGUGACCAGAAGAUUGAGGAGCCAGAUUGGAGCAGCACAUAUAGCAUCAGCACUGCUGAGUGUCAGGACCGAGAGCCAUACGUGAGAAAACCAGGCUGGCCCAGACUCUGCAGUAAUGAAGAUGAUCCGGAGAGCAGCAGGUCUGCUGCUGAGAAAAUGGGUUGGAGCAGCCCCUAUCACGUUGGUGCUACUGAAAGAACUGACUGGCCCAAUAAAUACAGUGAAGAAAAGGAUAGCUGUCCAGAAUUGGAGGUUAACACAAAAUCAUCAGAUGCGUUUAGCAAAUACGGUACUCACAGCCACCAGGAUGCAGAGCUCAGUGCCAGGCAUUUAGAAGGGCCCAGUGAUCACAGUGCUGUCAAUGUUGGCUCUCAGGAUGCCACAUCCAGUGCCAGCCAGUCAGGCUGGCCUAGUGAUUCCAAUGUUGACAGCAGGGCUAGCCCAGUGCAGUCAGAGUCCCAUGCCAACCAGGUGGAGCAACCUAGUGAAUAUAGUGCCAAUCAUCCAGAAUCCCAGGUUAGCAUCCAACAGCGACUACGACCCAAUACAUAUGGCUUUGAUGAUGGCAGCUGUCAGGAGUCUGAACUGAGUGUCAAACAGUCUGAUUGGCCAAGCAGAUAUGUCAUGGGUAUUCCCCAAAGCCAUGAUGGUGUGCUCAGUGCUGAAAAACCAGAUGGAGCCAGUGAAUAUGAUGAUAAUCAAACACGCUGGGAAAGAGAACUCAGUAUUGCAAGCAGAAGCAGCACCACUGAAUUUGAGGCUGGUGAUCUGGAGUACUGUGCCCGGAAGCCAGUCUGGGCUGAUGAUUACAACCUUAGGGAAUCUGAUCUACAAGAUAGUGAUUUCCCCAUUGCCACAAGAGAAUGGGUCAGAGACACUGAUGUCUCGGCAACUAAACAAAAUAACCAGUUAGGUGCUAUAGGGAAGGACCGAGCUGGUAGUUUUGGUCCAAUAGAGUUACCAAGUCUAAGUGUGACCGUGGAUUUGGAGGAGACAGCUGGCAGCCUGGUAGGUCACUCUAGAGACUUAGUAGCAGUUGCUAUGGAUGAGCCUAGAGGAGUUGGAGAGGGGCAGCCUGAGUGGACUCAAGAUCUUGGCCUUAGAGGCAUGGAUCUCUCAAAAGACUUGAAAGUUGGGAGCCCAGAUGCAUCUGAAAAACCUACAGAGAAGCAGCUUCAUUGGUUUCCUUCCUUGGGUCUGGAAACCUUGUCUGCUUCAUCAGAUGUAAGGACUGUGAAUCCAGAGGAGACCAGAGAACCUGGUGUGGGACAAGCAGAUUUGGCCUACAGAUCUGGCACUGAAAGCAUGGAAGUGUCUGAUUUGAGGCCCAAGGCUUUGGAUGGGGCUGAGGAAGUAGAUCUAAUACAGAUGGACUGGACUGGCGCAACUGGGAUAAAGCAUAAGGACAGCAGCUAUCAGUUUGGAGCGACACCUUUGGAUGGUGAUGAGAUGGAGCAUCCAAGAGCAGCUGGAGUCUCUGGAGAAAGCAGGAAAUUCCGUAGUGAGCGACUCUCCAGCCCCAGCUGCCUGCAGGAAGACAUGGUUUCCAAUAGUGCUGUCAAAGAGGUGGCCCAGCAGAAGAGACCUGCCUCCUUCCACAGCUGCCAUUCAGAAGAAGAGAGGAUACUGCGCAGCUUGCGUAAUAACCAGGGGGCUCUUGCUGAAAGGGCUGAAGGACUGCCUUUCUCAGCAAAGGAGGAUGGAAAAGCUUUGUCUGCUGCAGAUGGUGGGGACAGCCAGUUAGACAGUGGAAAUGGGAGUCAGCUACCCGUGGACCUGAGAGUGUUGAAUCAUCCAGAGCAAAAUGGAAGUCAAGCUGCACAGCCCAUAUCACAGAAGGCUCCUGCUUCAGAGGGAGCUAUUGCUCCUGAAGGGGAGAACUUCAUCUUCUUAGAGGAUACAGAGGUUCUUGACAACACUGUGUAUCGUGACCGUGUUAAUUUGGGCCGUAAGCGAGGUCAUCGUGCACCAGCCACCCGGUCUGGAGGGGCUCUUUCCGAGAAUGACGGAGACAAUUGGAUGUUCAGAGAUUCCACAGAGCCUCGAAUAGUUUCUGCGGUCUCUGAUGAAGAAGCCCCAGAGGAACCAAGGAGCAGGAAGUCACGAACAUCUCCACUGUCAAAGGGGGUAAAGGUCCCUCUCUUCCCAGGGCUGAACCCAUCGGCAUUGAAGGCCAAGUUGCGAGGCCGAAACCGUUCUGCUGAGGAAGGGGACCCCCAAAGUGAGACCAAGGAAACCCAUGUUCAGCGCUCCAAAUCGUGCAAGAUUGCCAACAUCACUGGGAAGCCUCUGGUGCUGCCACCCAAACCAGAGAAAUCCUCAGGGUCAGAAACAUCCUCACCCAAUUGGCUGCAAGUCCUGAAGUUGAAAAAGAAGAAGUCUUGAAAUAAAAACAUUCAGGUGUUGCUCUCCUGCUACUGGGGCCCUGACAGCUGAAGUUCCAGUGAGCUGUUCACGGGUGGGAGGCAGCAUGUUGGGUCUGGAGCCAGAAUCCCCACCUAACAACUUAGAGGGAUUGGGGUGGGGUGGGGGGAGGUGGGAGGUGGGGAGGGGAGAGGGAGGACGAGGCACAUUUAUGCACUUUGUAUCACAUUCAGUCACUCAUGCAUAUGGCGGUCAGAUGCUCUCUGCCGCUGCCCUGGCUGUUUUCUCCUUUUUUUCCUCCUCCUUAUACCACAUACAUUUUUAUAAAGUAUCUUUAUUCUUUUUUUGUAACCAGUCAAGGAGCUUUGUGCUGGCCCCCUUUUCUUUCACCCCAAAGUAGGGAGGGAAGACAAAGAGGUGAGGCUUCUGCUUUCUCGGCUGCCAUAUAAUGCAUUUCAGACAAAAGAAGAAUGGAAUUCCCCCCCUUUGGCCACUUGAAACAAAUAAAGGUUUUAUGGUUAAGGAGGCACUGUGGUUCCCGCGUGCUUGUGUGUGAUCCUCUGAGCUGUAUCCUGAGCCGGCCUUGUUACUUGGCAACCUAUUCUUUGAGAGGGGCAGGCAAGCAGGGGUUAUAAAGAAAUGCUGGUGGUGAAAUAAUGUUUUGCUUUUUAGUGGAUAAAAACAGGGAGCUUGUUCAAUAUAGUUUUUAUCUUUUUAAAAAAUUGAUUUUCAGUUUUUACUACUCAUUGGCUUAGUCCUGGUGGGAAUGUAGGAUGAGUGUAAAUAUUAGAAUAUGAAACUUGGUUCAUUAGCUAGUUUCAAUAUAAAUCAGUGUGGAGAAUUUUAGUGCUGAGGAGAAACCCAACCGUACCUCUUGGUUGGUAUCUUAAGGCUGAAGAUGUGCAUGAAAAGAUUCUGAGCUCUGAAAGUGCAUUCACCAGUCUUCUUGUCCUGUCCUAUGUACGAGUAGUGAGCUCAUUCUUGGUGUAUUGAUCCUUGUGUAUCUAAACUACACCACACAUACAUGGGAACCGCAAGUACACAAAAUCCUUAGGAAAAAACUCAGAGUGCAAGUCCCAAAAUAGUCCAGUUAGAACUGAGUAUGUUCAGUGUGCCCAGGAUGCUGGUUAGUGGGUGGGUGUGGGGAGGAAAACCAGAAGGGAGAUGGAAUGGAGUACAAUUUAAGAGGGCAACGCAGGCUGAACUGGACCCCUGAGCAGGAGCACUCCAUCCACAAUGCAACUUGUUUUGUUGCAAGUCCUACUUGUACAUACGUAAUCCUCUCCAGGACUGAGGUAGCAAAUAAACUCUUGGAGUGCUUAGAUGUACAAGUGAUGGUUUUUUAAAAAAUCUUUUUUAAAAGUCAGAUAGCUUACAUUACCCACGGCAGGAGGGACAAGAUCUGUGGCUGAUUCAGUCAUGUAAUCCCUAGUAAGUAUGUGUGCUGAUGGCACUGUAGGGGGAGAUGAAUCCAGGUUUGCUCGGCAAGGGGAAAAGCUUACACCAGAUCUUCCCCACUCCCUCUUUUAUAUACAUCAUCACACAUCCUCACUCCUCUUUAACUGGCUUUCUCUCGUACCUCCUGAAUCCCCAAAGAGCAGUUGGGGUGGAGGGAAUCUCCAACCUGUGAGUAGGCCUGUGAGGUUGUGUUAGGUGAUCCUCUCCCACCUGUCCAACUCCUGACACCAUUGUUCCUUUGCAGCCACAGCUUGAAUUCAACACCAUCUCAAUUAGGUGUCUUUCACCUGUUUUGCUACUUAUGGAAGAGGCUGAAAGCACUUGCUCACUGCAGCUAUAUCAGAGCCAUGAAGAAAGUAGCACUAUGGGGAAAUAUGCCGUGUUCAGACACCGCCAAAUUCAAGCCACAGCUCCAAAGGCACAAUUGAGAACUCGCUCGAAGGCUUACAGUAUUCUCCUAAUUGUUCUUUUGCAGGCGUGGCUUUACCUUUCCUCUGCCUGAUGUCUGGUGAUGAGCAGGUGGGUGUGGCUUGCCCACUUCCACCUUUGGAACAAUAAAUUCGGCCCUUGGGCCAAAAGUGGUUCCCCAGCCCUGAUUCAGAACAGGUAUAAGUCAGGUCACAGUCACGAUACAGCAUGGGGUAUUUAAUGCAGUUAAUUUCAUUAGGAAGUACAACAACCUCAUUUUACACCUGGCACUGUUACACAGACUUUUCACAUGUUGCCUGUGCCAGAAGUGGAUUGGCCACUCUCCAGUUUCAUAGUAGCCUCAGUUAUGCAAGACAAGUAUUUCUCAAUCUUAAAUGAGUCUGGGGUUCCUUUUGGACACAUACUAGCUGGCCUUAACAUGUAGUUGUGCAAACAUCCUCCUCUUCCUCCUAGAUGACAGCUAUGCAGGUGUGCAUACAGCCAGUCUUCAAAUUUAAAUUGGUACCCCCUUCUCAGAACUCUUGUGUGUCUCUCCCCCCCACCCCCGUGGGAUCUGCAAGCAACGAGGUGAGAAUGACAGAAGCAGGGGUGCUAUAGUUUUCUUCUGGUCUGGCUUUUGCGCCAUUGCUCACUAUGGCCUGCAAAUCAGCCAGCUUUACUAGUGGAACAGAGUAUUGAACUUGAGCCCACAGUAGAUUAGCAGCUUAGCCACAAUAUUUUCUGAAAAGAGGAUUUAUUCAUUCUUGGACACAGGUUUACCAGGGAGGCACACUUUUGAUUUUAUACACCUCGAUUUAACUACAGCACAAUCUCGAAGUGCCUUUAACUUGAUCCCAUUUUCAAAUGUUAUAGUGUAAUUAUUAUUAUUAUUUUGCUUUUCAAACAUGCCAUUGCACAUGCGGGAUUUGCCUGAAACUAUUGUGCCUUGUACCCACCAGAGGGCACUGUGGCACCUUGUAAACGGGCAGCAGACAUGUCUUGUCGCUUUGUGCAUUCAGUUGCUACAGAUGGACAGGAGAAGCGAAGGCAGUAAGAAACAGCAAUAGAGUAAAAGCAGUUCUACCACAGAUGGAAAAAAAUAAUCUCACCACAUGCAUCCUGAACUGGGUUAAAAUUGAGUGUGGCUACCAACAUAAUUCCAUCUGUAUGCAGAGUGGUCCAGCUCUAUCCAUGUGCACACUUGAAUAUGGUCAAAACACUAUAACUUGCAUUGGAAACCAAAGUGGAAAAAGAAGAAUUACAGUACUGAAGUGCCAGUAAGGAAAACAGUAAGACUGGGCUCUCUUGGCCUCUACAAGAUUUAUGGCUGAAGAGAAUGAGAUGUUUGGUCACUUCGAAAUCUACAUCAUUUUUAUUGAAGUAUUUAGGGGGAAAGCACAUGCGGUUGCCUAACUCAAAUAUGUUUGAAAAAAAUUCAAAUUUAUAUAAAUUUCCAGUAUUCUUGCUUAUGGAUAUGGUUAGUUGCAAGGGUUUCAGAAAAACGAGAGUGUUAAGUCUUAAAUUGCCGUAUUUUUAAAUGAAUGUUAUUGCCUUAAUAAAUGAAAAAUAUUUUAAAUACUUCGCUUUCUUCCCCCUUGCCAUCUUUUGAACAGACCUGGGUAAGCAUGAAAAUGCCUGAGAAUGUUCCCCUGCUUUCCCCAUCACUACAGAUGUUGCAGACGCUCCUAAAUCUUUCAGCUUGCACAAACAUUCCACAUUUUCAGUAUUUGUUCUAUGUAAAGUAUGUGUUAUGUGUUUGGCAGGGAGUGGGGGGUGAAGAGGAGAGAGACGUGAUGUGAUGUCAUGGUGUUUGUCUCAUUUCAGUGUGGAUUUGUGACUUGGAUGCUGCCAAGCCCACUGUUGCUUUGCAAUUGUCACACUACACACCCACUCUUUACAGGGUAUUUAUACGAUGCCAUUAAAUCAUAGUCCUGUGUUCCCUCUUCUCCAUGUUCUCCCCUCCCCCUGCCCAACAGCAGAAAAUCUGGCUUUUGUGUUGAAAGAAUGGAACAAAAGUGUGUUUUAUACGUGCAGUGUCAUAUGAAAUGUGCAAGCUCAAGACCACACAUAUAUAUCCCCACACAUUGUCACUAUUAUGUUUCUGGUCAGCACUGUGUUAGCUGCAUUUCUAAAACUCUUUUUUUGGCUAUUAUAUUUAAUUACUGAAAUAUUUGCAGAAGAGCGCUUAAACGGAAAACUAUGUCUGUGCUAAUAAAAACAAACAAUUAAAAAACCAAGUUUCCAAUCA